AUGACAACUUGGGUAUGCGAAGACAUGGAAACUCAUGAAAAGAACGACAUCGAAACACGGUCCUCCCCUCGGGAUAGCCAACCGGAGACCAUAGUCGGUGAAGUCAAAGAUGUCUCGAACGCCGAUGCCGCUCUUGACUUCCUACGGCGUUGCGGUGAGGUAAAGCUUAUGACGGCGGCGGAUGAACGGAGCUUAAAGCGAAAGAUCGACUGGAGAAUCGUACCUCUCAUGUUCGGAUGCUACAUUUUACAAUACCUUGACAAGACUUUGAUCAACUACGCGAAUGUCAUGGGCUUGCAAGAGGACACAAGCAUCACCGGAGACCAGUACUCCCAGCUUGCCAUGAUCUUCUACGUCAGUUAUUUGGCUUUUGAGUUCCCCCAUGCCUGGGGAAUGCAGAGAUUUCCCACAGCAAAAUACAUCGGCGUCAUGGUUUGCCUCUGGGGAACCGUACUUGCCGUCACAUCAGCUUGCCACAACUGGGCCGGCCUCGUCGUGACCAGGGUUCUGCUGGGGGUAUUCGAAAGCGCCGUUGCACCUUCGUUGAUUGUCAUUACGACCAUGUGGUACAAACGUCAGGAACAACCGCCCCGGAUGGGGAUUUGGUAUCUCGGAACAGGCGGCGGCGUUAUCGUUGGCUCUCUCAUCUCCUUUGGCUUCCAACAUUAUGGCGGUUCCGGGUUCACAUCUUGGCAGAUCAUGUUUCUCAUCUGUGGUCUGGUGACUGUCGCCGUCGGCAUCACGGUGAUCGUUGUUCUUCCGGACAACCCCAUGAGCGCCAAGUUUCUGUCUGCCGAAGAAAAGGUUUGGGCUAUCGAGAGGCUGCGUGCCAACCAAACAGGAGUCGAGAACAAGCACUUCAAAUGGCCACAAUUCAUUGAGUGUUUCACCGACCCACAAACGUACCUGCUGGCACUCAUCACAAUCAGCUCCAACGUUCCAAACGGCGCGGUCUCUUCGUUUCAAGCAACCAUCAUCAAGGGAUUCGGAUACACAUCGAAAGAGACAGCGUUGUUGUCGAUUCCCUCGGGCGCUCGUGCCAUUAACAUUAUAUGCCUUCUGAUUCCCGGGGUCAUUGGUGCCGCGCUUAUGGCUUUCUUACCGGACGACAAUAAGGCAGGCAAACUUAUCGGCAACUACAUGACGAACUGCAUCGGCGCAUCUUUACCGCUGCUGUACUCUCUAGUCGGAGCAAACUACGCAGGACAUACCAAAAAGGUGACUAUGAACGCCACUCUUCUGAUCUGCUUCUGUUUGGGAAAUAUCAUCGGGCCAUUGACUUUCACGGCAGAGUCUGCGCCUGACUAUAUUCCUGCAAAAACUGCGAUCAUUGUCACUUGUGGCCUUGCAAUGAUCUUCACUCUUAUCCUGCGGUUUUACUACAUUUGGGAAAAUAAGCGUCGCGACAGGCUUGUCCAAACUGGAGAACUCGGACAUCUGCAGGAUGUUGAGUUUAGCGACAUGACAGACCGAGUGAACAAAGAGUUUAGAUACACGCUGUAG